UUUUUCUUUUUUCUAAAAGGCGUCCAAGACUCCGGGUAGCGGAGCUUCUUGACAUUUACUUGCUACCGUCGAUCCAUCCAGCGUUACCAAACCUGAAGUCUAAGGCCGAAGACGGACAGCUUCGGCCUAACCCGAACCUCGAUUUCCUAUCUCUUUCUCUCUCUUUCUUUUGUUUUUGCCACCAACGAUAAAUUUAGACGACAUUUCAUAUUUCAAAAGCAAACAAAAGUCGAGAAGAAAACGAGACUCCGACGCUUUAUACUUUGUAAAGCUCAACACCCACAACCCAAAAGCGUGUUUUAUUUUCUUGUUUCGCAUUUCCAGGAGUUUCCAAUCAAAUACCAAUGAGUGAUCAUCUGCUUCUGUGUGCUGAUCGUCUCAUAACAUCUGAAAGUUUGCAGUCAAUGGAAGGAGAUAAGGAGUUGGGAUCUUCUGGGGACUGUUCAUCAUCUCAUACUGCUGAUGAACACGCUUGCGUUAUUAAUGUUGAGGAAGCUGCAGGACUUGGUGCUUGUGAGGAAGAAGAACCACUUAUUCAAACAAUGGAAUGCCGCAUUUGCCAGGAAGAGGAUAGCAUUAAUAAUUUCGAGGCCCCUUGUGCUUGUAGUGGUAGCUUGAAGUUUGCGCACAGGAAAUGUGUUCAGCGGUGGUGUAAUGAAAAAGGAGACAUAACUUGUGAGAUAUGUCAUCAGCCUUACCAGCCUGGUUAUACUGCCCCACCACCUCCCCCUCCAAUAGAAGAUACAACAAUUGACAUCAGAGAGGGUUGGACUAUUGCAGGCACUCCUUUAGAUUUGCAUGAUCCUCGAAUUUUAGCAAUGGCAGCAGCAGAGCGUCAUUUUUUGGAGGCUGAGUAUGAUGAUUAUACUGAAUCCAGUGCUAGUGGAGCAGCAUUUUGCCGCUCUGUUGCUCUUAUUUUAAUGGCUCUUCUACUCUUGAGACAUGCUAUGUCGCUCACUGGAGAUGGUGAUGAAGAUGCUUCUGCAUUUUUCUCUCUUUUCCUGAUAAGGGCUGCUGGUUUUCUUCUCCCAUGUUACAUCAUGGCUUGGGCCAUCAGUAUAUUGCAGCAACGGAGACAAAGACAAGAAGCAGCAGCACUUGCAGCUGCUGAGGUGGCAUUCAUGGUGCAGGCAGGGCAACGGCGGAGCUUGCAAGUCACAUUAGCUCCUCGACCUGGAGUAACUUCGCAACAGGAGCCACUUCACCCAUCUCAGUGAUGGAGUGACUGGAGACGAGGUGCUCACGAGUUAAUAAUGAUUGCCUUGUUUUUUCAGGCCGUCUCUAAUUGGUUUAUAUUUAAACUACUACUUGUACAUUACUUUGUCUUGUGAGAGGUAUAUGUUCAUGUAUCUGUUAUCACACAGCCCGGCCUUGAGCUGCUUCAAAAAUUUGUGUUAAGAGCUA